AUGAUGAGAGCCACGCAGCCCAUGCUCGCCAGAGGGUUCCUGGCGCGGAGCUUUGACGAGCUCAAGAGGCGCUCUAGCAUAGCCUGGAACCUCGAGGCUGUCAAAGGCCCUUCAGGCCCCCGCGAACUGUACGACUUUCACAGCGCUGAUUCCGUUAGCAACUGCGUCGUUAUGUCCGACACGCUGAUCGGCGGCUCCUCCACCAGCCAUCUCGACUUCAUCCCUGCCACGUCUUCAUCUUCGAUGCAAACCUCGGCCUCGGCCUCAACCACGCCCCCGGUUCCCUCCUCUCAUGCGCGUUUCUACGGCCACAUCUCAACCUCACUGCCCCCCGAUCGCCUGGCAAUCCAGCGAACGGGCUAUGCUGCAUUUCGGACCCCGGAUCAGCCGCCCACAGCCUUUGGUCGCUCUGUCUGGGAUAUUGAUCCGUACACCUAUCUUGCAUUGCGAGUCAAAUCCGAUGGAAGAGCGUACUACGUCAAUGUUCAGACGGAGAGCGUCGAGCCGACGGAUCUGCACCAGCAUCGGCUGUUUGCCAAGCGUCCUGGGCAGUGGGAGACGGUCCUGAUUCGAUGGAAUGAUUUUGUACGCACAAACCACGGCUUCGUUGUCGAGCCCCAGACGGAGCUCCUAAGACAAAGAGUCCACAGUGUUGGUAUCGGGCUGACGGAUCGCGUGGAAGGGCCCUUUGAGCUUUGCAUUGAGCGGGUGUGGGCCACAAACGGAGCGGAAGAGAAGGCUGCGGCGCAGGAAACCCAGGAGGGGGAACUGAAGAAUAGGAAAGGCGAGAAGAUUCAGUGGUGA